UCAACAUAACUGAUCAACAGUCCAUUUCAACAACAACCACUUUAACUGUUUCAGUUACUGAAAGUUUAUCUGAUGCUAUCACGAGUAGCAGCAAUGACAGAUCCAUUUCAAUGUCAAUAUCUCUGACGAUCAUUGAUAAUACAUUAGUAUCAGAAAUUUCAAGCAGCAUAGAACCAUCAACAAUAUCAAGCUGUGCUUCUGCCACAUCACAAUCAACAUGUACAGGAUCCAUCAUCAGUUCUGUUGCUAUUGCAGUACCUAUCACUGGUCUAUUAACUGGACUCAUUACAUCAAUAAUUACUAGUAUCAUUGUAUACUGUAUAAUGAAGAAUAAAGGGAAUACACUAAGAGAAAGAUCACCAGUAGACAUUGGUCCAAUAUAUGAUUUACCAACUUUCAACAAUGAACAACAAGAACAAGUCAUUGAUACUAAAUUUAACAAUGCAUACGGACACAUCUAUAACUGA